CAGUACAUGCACGAGGAAUAGUCUCCCAACGCUUGAAUCUUACGCUUGCGAGGGAGUGUUGCACCAAUUACUACUUGCAAAAAUUGCUCGCUCAGGACCAGGUGCCCAUACGGCAAACAUAAUAUCACUGUCAAACCCCCGCGCUGACACUCAACUGCUUGGGAAAAACACAGUGAAAGGGUCGCGUGUCAUCCUGCAAUUGCCGAAACGUCAUCGGCAUCGCCCAGCGCGAUUCGGUUCGAGUGUUACACGAGCAACAGCUUUCCCAUGAUUUCGCUUGGUUCAGGCCUCUGCCGACGAAUGGGGUCGGCAACCAAAGCGUCUGGCUCGGCAUGCCACGUACCGGGUGCCGCCUCCACUGCGUUCGCGCAGCCAGUCCGCAAGCACCAGCCCAUGCGGCAGCCCCUUCACGCCGUCGGCACGCCCGGGCCAUCGGGCCGGCCUCUCCUCUUUGAGCCCAUCACGCUGCGGCAGCUGACCAUCCCCAACCGCAUCUGGCUGUCCCCAAUGUGCCAGUACUCGGCUGUGGACGGAGCGCCCAACACCUGGCACCUGGUGCACCUGGGAGCCCGGGCGGCAGGCGGCUGUGGUCUGGUGAUGACUGAGGCCUGUGCGGUGGUGCCGGAGGGGCGCAUCUCGCCCUCGGAUGCAGGCAUGUGGAACGACGCCCAAGUGGAGGCCUGGCGCCCCAUCGCCGACUUCAUCCGCUCGCACGGCGCCGUACCCUCUGUGCAGCUGGCUCACGCCGGCCGCAAGGCGUCCACCUUUGAGCCCUUUGUACAGGGCGGCCGUCCGCUCUACCCGGGGAAGGACGCAGCUGCCUGGCAGGUGGUGGCGCCCAGCGCUGUGCCCUUCGCUGACUUCCAGACGCCCCGAGAGAUGACCGAGGCAGACAUCCGGGAGGUCAUUGACGCCUUCGCGGCGGCGGCGGAGCGGUCCAUCAAGGCGGGCUUCCAGGUUGUAGAGAUCCACAUGGCGCACGGCUACCUGCUGCACCAGUUCCUGUCGCCCCAGGCCAACAAGCGCAAGGACCAGUACGGCGGCUCGCUGGCCAACCGCAUGCGGUUGCCGCUGGCGGUGGCGGAGGCGGUGCGCGCGGUGAUCCCGCCCGAGCUGCCGCUGGCGGUGCGCAUCUCGGCCACAGACUGGGCCGGCCCCCUGGACGGCCCUGCCUGGGACGUGGACCAGUCUGUGGUUCUGUGCGGGGCGCUGCGGGACCUGGGCUGCGACCUGAUUGACGUGUCCAGCGGCGGCCAGCUGCCGCGCGCACUCAUACCCGUAGGACCGGGGUACCAGGUUCCCUUCUCUGAGCGCAUCCGGCGCGAGGCGCGUGUGGCCACUGGCACGGUGGGCCUCAUCACCACCGGCAAGCAGGCGGAGAAGAUUCUGCAGGAGGGCAAGGCCGAUGUGGUGCUUAUCGGCCGCGAGAUGCUGCGUGACCCGAACUGGCCGCUGCGGGCUGCGGCGGAGCUGGGGUACGAGGGCGCUCGCUACCCGCCCCAGUACGAGCGUGGAAAGUUCCCCAUCAAGUGAGCUGCGUAAAGUUGGGACUGGUCACAAGCCCAGAUCGUGAACAACGUGGCGCAACGUCGUCAAACCUAUUGAUUUUUGCCCGUAUGUAGCUGCGGGUUAGCACGGACUGUGCACCCCACCCAACCGGCCACGUCCGGAUUUGCGGGGAUGCCAAAGGCCCCCAACAUAGAGGCGUGUGCUUAGUAGGCGCCCGCGUCAAGGUGGCUGGGUUGAUAACGACCCGGGAUCAGCCCUUUUCCUGCCAUAAGGCAGCCACCUCCUUGUUGCCCGUAUGUAAGAGUGUUCAGUAUCACAAGGGAAGGAACGCCCGAGACUUUGUGUGUGUUCUGUACAUGUGUGUAUUGCGUGUUCCGAAUGGUCUAAGGCUUUGGGUACUACUAGUUUCUUGCAGUAGCUGAGAGUAGAUACAGCCGGCACGCCAGUGUUCCGGCCCAUUUGGCGCCAGCCAGGACCCGGUGGUGGGGUUUUUGGCGGCGACGGUAGGUGGUGGUAACGUCGGUAGGGAAGCGGCAGUGGCAGUGGCGGUGACCUAGUGGCAGCGGUGCGAGGCCUCAAGAUGGCGUACAUGCUCGGAGAGGAAGAGCCGUUGGCAGAGUCAGCAGCAGUGGUGAUGCGUGUACUUUGCACGUGCGGCGUGCGGCGCGGCACCUUUUGCAACUACCAACACUUUAACUGACACACGGGAUCACAAACGGGCUUUCGCGCAACUGCCAACGAACAGGGGCGGCACGUGGCGUGGCGGUUGGUGCGCAGCGCGACUGGGAGCUGGUAGUUGAGAGGGGCGCGUGUGGGAAGCUGCUGUGGAGUACGGCGAAGCUCGGCGGGGGUGUGGUGGUUGGUGCGCAGCGCGAGUGGGAAUGCAUAGUUGGGCAGCGAGGCGUGUGGGAAGCUGCUGUGGAGUACGGCGGAGGUCGGCGGAGGCACGCGGGUACCACUCUGGUCUUUUGCUGUGUCCAAACUUUGACAGCCUGGUAGACCCAACAGGUAUCAUCUGACAAGACCGCCAGCAUACCCACGGCUUCGUAUCGUUGUGUAGUAUACGGUUACUAUGGUGCGGAGCUGAGCAGAUGAAACCUGAAAGGCCGUACGGCUGCAGCCGUGCAUGGGGUGUGCAAUGGGACACGCAAAUAUUUUCGUCGUGAAAACUACAAGCGUGAUAGCGUGACGGAUAGCGUACGCACAGUGUAUGCAGGAUACGCAAUCGCCACUGUAAAAGGAGUAGGCA